AUGGGCCCUGCUGGCUGUGCCUUCAUGCUGCUCCUUCUGCUGGGGAUCUCAGUGUGCGGGCGACCUGUAUACUCAAGCCGCAUUACAGGUGGCCAGGAUGCUGCUGCAGGGCGCUGGCCUUGGCAGGUCAGCCUACACUUGGACAACAACUUCAUCUGUGGAGGUUCCCUCGUCAGUGAGAGGUGGAUACUGACAGCAGCACACUGCCUACCAAGGACCUGGAAUACUUUUUCAUAUACUGUGUUGCUGGGAUCGAUUAAAGUAGGUGACUCAAGUAAAAGUGUGAAGUACUACGUGUCCAAAAUCAUCACCCACCCCAAGUACGAAGAUACAACAGCAGAUGUUGCCUUGUUGAAACUGUCCUCUCAAGUCACCUUCACUUCUGCCAUCCUGCCUAUUUGCUUGCCCAAUAUCACAACACAGUUGGCAAUUCCAGCCUCUUGUUGGGUGACUGGAUGGGGAAAAGUUAAGGAAAGUUUAGAUAGUGAUUACCAUUCUACCCUUCAGGAAGCAGAAAUACCCAUUAUUGACCGCCAGGCUUGCGAACAGCUCUACAACCCAAUUGGUAUCUUCUUGCCAGCACUGGAGCCAGUCAUUAAGGAAGACAAGAUUUGUGCUGGUGAUACUCAAAACAUGAAGGAUAGUUGCAAGGGUGAUUCUGGAGGGCCUCUGUCUUGUCACAUUGAUGGUAUAUGGAUCCAGAUAGGAGUGGUGAGCUGGGGAUUAGAAUGUGGUAAAUCUCUUCCUGGAGUCUAUACCAAUGUAAUCUACUACCAAAAAUGGAUUAAUGCCACCAUCUCAAGAGCCAACAAUCUGGACUUCUCUGACUUCUUGUUACCUAUUGUACUACUCUCUCUGGCUCUCCUGGAUCUAACAUUAUACAGAGUAGGCACUGUAGCUGAAGCUGUUGGUUGUAUACAGGGCUGGGAAGAGAAUGCAUGGAGAUUUAGUCCCAGGGGCAGAGACCUCACAGGAGAGCCACGGGUAACCCUGGAUUACUUUAUUCAUAAUUUGAAAUGA